AAUAUGUCAGCAUUUUAUGCUGUUAUUUAAACAGUGCUGCUGUAGUGAACAAGAACACCAGUGGGGACAAUCAAAUGUAUUUGACUCAAAAUUACAGGACUUGUUAAUAAAAUCUAACAAUCAAAUAGUAAAUACGUAAUUUGAAAAUGUCCAUCAGUUCUCUCAUAAUGACUCAGACUUCAUUGUUCUUGCACUUUCAUACAAGUCGCAUUCUGUUUCCAUUCUUUACUGUUCGAUCCCUUUGUCUUUCUGCUGCCAGACCUUCUGUUCACGAGUAACGUCAUAUACUACUUAUGUCAGUAUAAGUAGCACACACCACACUGCCAUCAAUCUUAAUUUCAUCAGUUAUAUAUUUUGUCAUGUAUAUUUAUCAUUGUUUGGGAAGAAGGUCCUGUUUACUCAGAUGCUAACCAUUAAUUAAUGUAAUAACUGUCAGAUGACAACAUGGAAAAAGUUACUUCAAUACUAAAUCUCACUUGUAGUACUGUAUCAGUAGCUGUGUAAACAGAAAUAUCGUACCAGGUACUAUCUAGCGUCUAGCUAUGUAUCACAAUAUUGCAAGAGUUCAGCAAUUACUUGAAUAAGUUGGUGGUUGUAUUUGGGAUAUAAAAUUAUCCUAAGUGCUAUGCUAGUAAUUUGCAUUUCCUUGUUAGUCACACCACUUGAAAGUCCCCCCAAAGGGCAAUUACUUGCAACCAGUUAUACAUAACCUUCUUGUGAAUAAUAUCGGUUUCGUUAGCUGCGUGCUUUCCAAAAUUUUCUACCGUUGUUUAAAAUCCAUGGUCGACAUUUUCGCAUGUUCAUAUCUAGUUAACAUUAAUAAAAUGACUUCAAUCAAAUAGAUUUUAUUGGUCAAGGAAAAUGAAUCAAAAAUCUAGUUUUUAUAAACCAUUUAAAAUUGAAGUUGCUAACAUCGAACCCUCUUGCUUUAAGUGAGCAGCGAACAUUUUCAUACAACAUGCGUUUUUUUUUAAUAAGUUUUAUGGAAAUUAAUCUGAAAGCCUCCUUUAUCUAAAAGUAGAUAUUUCGAUAAUUUCUAAUAGUAACUUUCUACUUUUAAAUUUUCUAUUUUAGAAGUGAAAUGAAAUCUCAUUUGUUACUUGGAGAUGUCUUACGAAUUUUAUAUCUAUUACUAGUAAAUCGUAGAAAUCAAUUAGUUUUAAGAAAUGUUUUAAAACACUGUCGACAUUAUUGUCGUAGAAUACCUUCAGGUGAUAUUCAUAUUUAUACAUCAACUGGUUUAUCACCGUUAAGAUCGAUUUCUUUACCACACUAUUCAUGCACCAUUUCAAAAUCUACUCCACUAUUUAUUGUACACUGGUAUUCUGAUAAUAUUUUAAAAGAAAUAUUAACUGUUACGUAUAGUUGUUUGCCAUUACAUGAAACUUGGUACGAUUGUUGUCCAAAAAUGUUACUGCAUACAUUAUCAUAUUUAAUUUUUAAACCAGAUGCAAAAAAGCGUAUUUUAAGCUUUGCAAAAGCCUUCUCUAUUAAACCUGGACAAACGCCAAGUGCGUUUUCAUUGUUGCCAAUAAUGCGAACAAACGAGAACGAUUCUACGAAAUGUUCAUCACUUGAUAACCUACAUGGUGGCCAUCAUGAUUUGGAAUUGUAUACAAAGUUAUCUAAUUGUCUUCCAAAAUCACUUACAACUAUAUUGAAAACGAAUUUCGGUUUGCCCGUUUAUCAUAUUGCAGGAUUUGGACUGCUUAUUAAUUCUUUUCAUAACACUUGCAUUCAUGUUUUCACUGAUACCAAGCCAAGUGUGCAUUAUAAUUUGAAUGUCCCAUUGAAUGAACAGUUAUCCGUUAAUUUGUUCAUUAUCAUGCAACAUUUACAUCAAGCUGUAUCUGUUUGUUUGUGCAGACUACGUGAUUCUUAUGCAUCGCUUAUGUCAGCUGGUGCCUGUCUAAGAGCAAGAUAUGAACUUUCAAAAACUCACUGUAACGAUACUCAGCAACUGUCUUAUUUACGUAUUGCUCGAGGUCGCGCACGUCUUUUCGAAUCAGAAGCCGUUGCUCGAGAUAAUAUUGGUCGCAUAUUUAAUGAAGAGGUUAACCCUCAUAUUCUUAAUCUAAUAAACCUAUUGGAACGUAUAUACCAUAGUUUACGUCACUUAACUGGAAAUACUUUCUUAUUUGGUCCAUUUUGCAAUCAGAAUAUUAUGUCUUGCAAUGACGGAAACUUGACUUUACUAAACUCCAAACAAUGGGUUGUCGAGUCGCUCAAAUAUGUGAAAAAAUUAGUUCAUUUGUCAAAUGUAAUACCAAAGUUUAACUUUUCUCUCUUUAUUGAAACAUCUUUUCAUCUAUUAGAAUAUCUAACUAUUGAUGUAACUAGACAUCUUCAUUUAGUUAUGGAAAAAGUGUUAUCUUUCAAGAAUCAACUAUCGCAGACCUAUACAUCCAUUACUAAUUCUUGGAUUCCAGCUUACAAAGGUUUAUCCACUGAAGUUAAUUCACGUGCUGAUAUUGACUUGAAGUAUUUCUUUUCGUCACUGCAAAGCCAGUAUGAUGUAAUUGAGGUUUGGACUCGACGUCAGCAUGAAACAGAAUUAAGAUCUAUUGGUAACGAAAUGAUAAACCUUCUCAAGAUACUUGCUAAAUGCUGGAAUUGUCAGUGGCUAUAUAGAAAUUUGAAGUUACCAUGUCCUGUUUUAAGUAUUCCAUAUGGUUCCAAAAAUAAUUCAUCUCAUUUAUUUCUGAAAGAACCUGGCAUAAUUUCGUUAUCGUCUUGGCCACCAGUUCAUCCCAGUUUUAUUCUUACUCAACAUAUAGUCCAAACAAACUCACAGGAACACACCAAUCAGAACGUUAGUUCUCUCAGCAAUGAUACACAGGAGUUUGUCUACUCAAAACUGACAUUUUCGCAAGAUACUUCGACUAGAAUAUCCAGUUCUAACCUAAAAACAGAAUUACCUUCCAUCGUUAAUAAUAAAAGCCAUAAGGCUGGUGCAUGUCAUUUUUCACCGAGCAAUAAUUUUGUUUGUGAAACGCUGUCUAGUGAGCAGGUUAGUGUUACUUCAGAUUUAAGUGUUAAAUCUCCUGUACCGCAAACUGUCAGUUAUCAUUUUCAUAGCUGUCCACCUGAUAUAAAUAUUUUCACCCCUUCUGACCAAUUUCUUCCAGUUGAUAGCACGACAAAUACAUCCACGUUUGCAUCAUCAGAUCUUCGCAGUCAUCGAACUACUGGAAAAUUAUCAACUACUAAAAAUUUCCUUACUCAGCCGACUUUAAAAAACAACUCGAAUUUGCUGAACUCAGAUAUUAGAGAAACUAACUACCAUGAUUCAUCUUUUGUUAGUGUAAAUAAUCCUUUAGUUACUGACGUCAGUAACAGUAGGCUGGAGUUUGAUUUAACAGACACCAAUAAAAAAUCGUCUAAAGAAGCAACACUGGUGGAAUCAUGUGUUCAAAAUUUGUGUGAACCUUGCCAGAAUCACCCUACAUCCAUUUUGAGUGACAAUGAAUCAAAAAAAGAUGCAUAUUCAGUUGAUACACAAUAUUGUAAUGCUCAUAGUGAGACUAAUGUUAAUCAAGAGUAUCAGAUUACAGAUGAUAUUUCACCACCUGUCGAGUGCUUACUCACAGUCUCUCAAGAUAAUGACCCAUUAUUUCAGAACAAUGUACGAAUAUCAUAUACACCAACUUUCAAGAACUUGAUAGCAUGCGAUACCAAUCAAAUCGAGAACGGCUAUUCAGAACAGUCUUCAGUUGUAGUAAAUCAUCCGAUCAUAUCUCCAAAUGUUGCAAAUACAGUCAUUUCAAACUCAUCAACCUUAUCGAACUCACUACAAAAGACUUGUAAUGGACAUGCUAAAAUACCCCCACAUACAUCUCCAUCCAUUUGUGAUAAAGAUAUCAUCACUGAAAAUAGAGUUUUUCCUACUAUUUCUCCCAAGAAUGCUGAUAUUGAGAACUUAAAGUCCAAAUUUUCUCAGCCCCCACGAGAUGUUCACGAUCGGAAUGGUUCGCUAGAUGAAAGUGUUCCCAUCUCAGGUUCGAAGUCUGAUCUACCCAUUUCCUCAAGCUCAUACGACCCAGUCUCCACAAAUUCCAAAACUUGUGAUCAUCACGCAAUGAAUCCCUUUUCGGGAGAUGCUUUUGCUAAAUCACAAAGAUGUUCAUGUCCUCCUCUAGAAGAAAAUAAGGCUAGUAAUAAUUUCAGUUUCGUUAAUAAUAAAACGAGUGAACUAGUAGGAUCUACUGACAUGUGUAAAAAGCAGUCGAAAGAAAAAUCUGUUAAAAAAGUGUGUAUUUACCUACCGGAUAAUGCUAUUACUAAUUCUCCUACUAAAGACAUUGUGUCUCAUUGUAAUAGUGAAGAAAAUCAUGAAGUAUCCGACGAACCAGAUAAUUGUAUAAUAUCCCUUGACAGACGACGAGCUGGGAAGCUUAAACGAAGGUUAAAAAAAAUUAACCACUCGACAUUCGAAAUACAAACAUCCACUACUUCCUCCGAUACCUCAGACACUUCUCAAAUCAUUCUUGUAAAUAACAGCGAAAGAGCUUCCAAAGAUAUACAAGCAAUGAAUAAUAUAUGUUACAAGCCGAUCACUAACAGUAUUUCGUUUGAGGGAACUCUGCUCAAUUCAUAUAAUUUAACUAACAUCGAUGAAACCCACUCAGUAAAUAACAUCAAACCUGUUACUCCUUGGCCAAAAGAGAAAUCUUUGCAUCCGCAAGCUCCUGGUCCAGUCACAGCCGCUAUAUUAGGCCAGUCUGUUCCCGUAUUAUCUUCUGAUAUUUCAAUUGAUCUGACUGUUGAUGAUUAAAAUAGGCUUAGUUUUAACAUUAAAUAGCAUCUAAACUAAGUUCCGAUCAGAACAUCCACUACUUACAAAAAUUUGUGUAUAAUCUUGUACAUAUUUAUUGCUCUCCAAUUCUAUACCAAGAUUCAUUUUGUGCAUUUCACUGAAUUUUACUCUGCGUCAACUAUUUUUAUAGCUUCAUUUUAUGAUACAUUUAUUUAAUUUUACAGGGUUUUAAUUAUGUAACGAAUUCCUUGUGGCAUAAUUUUUUGUCAAUUUUACCAAUAAAAUAGUCCAUUUUCUUGAGUGUGUUGCCUCAUCCCUGGGUUUUCAUGCUCUGAAACCGAUCGCAAAUAACUUAAGACAUGGAUAUGUACCGGCUCGUUACCACAUUGGAUUAUCUGAGAAAUUCAACAAAGAGGAGUCAGAAUGAAAAUAGAAGUGGACAAACUAAACUGGAUAAGUAUUUGAAAUAUAUGAAUUAAUUCAUUAAUAUAAACUACGUAAUAAUGCUAAACUCAAGAGUAAGACGAAUGAGAACUGCAACUAAUUUAUUGCUUUAUCAUCAAUACUUUGAACAGUUAUCUGUUAAGCCUGAAUGAGGAGGUGUAGACCUCCCCACACAUAUCCUAGUUCAAAAGUUAGUGACUCUGUGGACUGAUACCAUAUCUGGCCGCCGCUAAUCCCUUCGUUCCUUCUGUACUGACGACCAUUACAUGUUGCGUAAGGCACACGUACCGUGGCUUUUCGUCGCACUUACUGUUAUUGCUUCUGUGCUCAUUUUGUUGAUUUUUCUAUCCAGCUUUCCUAGUGCUAUGGCAACUUGGGUCCUAACAGUAAUUAACCACCAGAAAACAUUAGUCAAGAUGGAACCAAAAAUACAGACCUCCAUUUUACUGACCUUGUACUCUAAUAUAUACGUGGCAAGAUUUCAGUCCCUGAGUAUUGUUCCCUAGUGUCUUUAACAUACGUCCUAAAGAAGGAAGCGAACAAAUAUUCACUAUUAUAAACAGAUUAUACGGUUUCGCAAAACUCCUGAGUUAGAUAACAAACAUAGCCGAUCCUUGGUGUCAAUACUCCAGUUAUUGAUGAUACUUUAUGGAAUUGGAGUUAAAUGACUUGCAAGUUUUGAACAUAUUUCCAAAUUUAUUUUGGUUGCAAAUUUUUCCGUGGUACCGUAUUAUUCUUAUUGAUUUGCGAAAUCUUGCCCUCUAAGAAUUCUGGCUGAGAUUGAGACGACUGCGGCUUUUUUCCUUCCAACUGGAUUUUGAAGAUAUAACCAUAGAUAUAAAAAAAGAUAGUAAUUGUUUUAAGUACUAUCGAAAUAUGUCCUCAGUAUAUUGAUUUGUAUAUUUUUU